AUGCCGGGAGAGGACCUGAUUGCUAAGCCUGAUAAAACAAGGUAUGCUGUACUAAUUGCAGGGACGGUAGAAGCGAACGUCCUGUACAGCCAAAGCCAGAUGAGCGAAAAGAAAAACAUAUUUGAUAUGGACUACUACAGCAGUCUAUUGUCUCCAUAUUGGAGCGAUAUUUUCUGCUGCAUACAAGUCUCUCCACAAGAAUUUGCAGGGUGGAAGCUUAUCAGACCCACGCCUCCAACUACAGCAAAUGUGUGUGACCUUCUUUUUGAUUGUGUGGGUGCUGAGUUGAACCGUUAUUAUGACCAGCUAAUGGCUGACAUUGUUUUAUGGCUGACCGCUGGGAAAGCAUCGCUGGAGAAGGAGCUGAAUUACAUACAAAGUGGUAUUUGUGAACAGCUACCACUCCGUCAAGCUGGUCAGCCUGCUAAUUUUGACUCAUGUGCCAAUUGGCUGUCGCGCAUUGAAAGGAUGCUUGGUUUAGGGCUCGUGCUGUACUCCUCCAGGUCCAAGUCCUCGGAGUCUGGGGGAAUUGAAAUAUGUCAGUGUUGUAAAAUUUUUAUUUCUAUUUCAGGAUCUGUUGCAAAAUGUGAAAAUGAAGGAGAAAUUCUGCAGAUACCAUUUAUCACAGACAACCCUUGUAUAAUGUGUGUUUGCCUGAAUAAGGAAGUGACAUGCAAGAGAGAGAAGUGUCCGAUGCUCUCCAAGGACUGUGCUCUCGUAAUUAAGCAGAGAGGAGCUUGCUGUGAGCGUUGCAAAGAUUGCAGUUUCGCAGGAAAUACGUACAACAGCUCUAUGAAAUGGCACCUCCCUAGCAAUCCCUGUGUGACAUACCAGUGCCAGGAAGGAGUGGUAGUUGAGUCAGAGGUACAGUGUGUUGUUCAUUGCAAAAACCCUUCCAAACUCUUGGGAAUGUGUUGUCCUGUGUGUCCAGGUUGUAUAUUUGAAGGGAGACAUUACAAUGAAGGAGAAGAAUUUAGGCCUGAAGGAAAUAAAUGUACCAAGUGUUCUUGUAUUGGUGGCAGGACACAGUGUAUCCAAGAAGUCUGCCCCAUUCUGUCAUGUCCCCAGCACCUCAGUCACAUUCCUGCUGGACAAUGUUGCCCCAAAUGCUUAGGACAGAGGAAAGUGUUUGACCUCCCAUUUGGAAGCUGCCUCUUUCACAGCAAUGUGUAUGAUAAUGGGUCCUCAUUUAUUUAUGACAACUGCACAACGUGUACAUGCAAGGAUUCAACAGUGAUAUGUAAGAAGAGGUGCUUACUUUCCGGUGAAUGCAAUAAAAACAAAGACCACUGCUGCAAGGAGUGUGUCUCAUAUAUCUCUCCUGAGGAAGUGAAAGUGUGCAAAUUUGGCAAUAAGAUCUUCCAGGAUGGAGAGAUGUGGUCCUCUGUGAACUGCACCAUCUGUGCUUGUGUGAAAGGCAAGACAGAGUGUCGCAAGAAACAGUGCAUUCCAGUCAGCAGCUGUCCUCAUGGUAAAAUCCUGAACAGAAAAGGAUGCUGUCCUAUUUGCACUGAAAAGCCUGGAGUUUGCACUGUAUUUGGAGACCCUCACUACAACACUUUUGAUGGACGGACAUUUAACUUUCAGGGAACAUGUCAGUACGUUUUGACGAAAGACUGCUCCUCCUCUGCCUCGCCCUUUCAGGUGCUGGUAAAAAACGAUGCCCGUCGGACCCGUUCUUUCUCCUGGACAAAGUCAGUGGACCUUGUGUUGGGCAGAAGCACUAUCAGCCUCCAGCAGCACCUCACAGUGAAGUGGAAUGGGACCCGCAUCUCACUACCUUGCGAGACACCGCAAUUUCAGAUCGAUUUGGAUGGUUAUUUGCUGAAAGUGGCUACGAAAGCAGGCUUGGAAAUCUCGUGGGAUGGAGACAGUUUUGUGGAAGUCAUGGCUGCGCCACAUCUGAAAGGCAAACUCUGUGGUCUGUGUGGCAAUUACAACGGGCACAAGCGAGAUGACCUGAUUGGUGGGGACGGGAAUUUUAAGUUUGACGUGGACGACUUUGCCGAAUCCUGGCGCGUGGAGUCCAACGAGUUCUGCAGCCGCCCACAGAGAAAACCUGUGCCCGAGCUCUGUCAUGGGACGGUCAGGGUGAAACUCCGAGCUCACCGGGAAUGCCAGAAACUCAAAGCAUGGGAGUUUCAGAGCUGUCAUUCAACGGUGGAUUAUACCACAUUUUACCGGUCCUGUGUGACAGAUAUGUGCGAGUGCCCGGUACAUAAAAACUGCUACUGCGAGUCAUUCCUGGCAUACGCCCGAGCCUGUCAGAGGGAAGGGUUGAAAGUCCAGUGGGUACCGGAGCAGAACUGUGCAGCGACCCAGUGUAAACACGGUGCAGUUUAUGAUACCUGUGGUCCAGGAUGUGUCAAAACAUGUGACAACUGGAACGAGAUUGGCCCAUGCAACAAGCCCUGCGUUGCAGGCUGCCACUGUCCGGCAAAUUUAGUUCUUCACAAAGGAAGAUGCAUCAAGCCAGUCCUGUGCCCACAGCGAUGACAUUAGUUCUCUUUCCGCGGACACUAAUGCGGGUGGUCACUGACCCCUUUGAUGUUCACAGCCAGUGAAGGACUCCAGCUCUUUGUGUGCAGAUUCUGCAAAGUACACGUCUACUCACAGAGUGUAAAUAUGCUCCUGUGUGUGUAUUUAUGUGUGUUUAUAUAUACACACAUGGCGCCUAGAAAGAUAUAUAAAUGUAUACUGUGUGUAUGUAGAUACACAUAUCUAUACACAAGUGCCCUAAACAUAAGUACAACCCAUAUAUUUAUAUAUAUGUUCACACACACCAAUAUACAUCAUUUCUAGAUAUCAUAGAAGGAUGAAUUAUUAUAUGUAUAUUUUUUGCUAUGAAGUUUAUGUAUUAUUAUUUCUAGGACCCUGAUCUGUAAGUCAUUGUAUAAAUAAACCAGGUGUUUUUAAUAUAAUAUAGUGGCAUGAAAAGAUUGGAUGACUUUGCCAUUGCAUAAGUUUGUCGUUUCCAAGGAAACUUUUCUAGGGCCAUAGCACUGCCAGACUGGAUUAGUUUCAACACAACCUGGAUUUACAGUUGUACAGGAAACACAUUUCUCUGGAGAUGGAGGAUUUAUCUAGGAAUAUUUCAUGCGUACCUUAGAGCUGCAUAGUGAUUGGUGACAGUGCUUAAUCAGGCAGAGAAAGCUGGGGAUCGGCUUUUAUGCUCUACUGAAAUAACUGUGCAAAAGGAUUUCCAAAGCUGGUUGGCCAGCUGCCAGCAUAGAGAUAUUUCUUUCUGGAACAGCA